AUGGCGACGUGUAGAAACAUUUGGUCGUCCGAGGAAGCUUAUGAUUACAAUUGUACGCCUUGUUCUCAAGAAGGACGGUUUGUGAAAGCCAAGAGAUUUUGUGUUGAAUGUGGCGAGUAUUUUUGCUCAACAUGUCUGGCCUGUCAUGAGAAGUUUGGUGUAAGUAAAGGACAUACACUUAUAAAGUGUGAGGAAGUUUCAAAAGACCAAGUUCCAGCACGUCUGAGUAAAUGUGAACUUCACACCGAUAAGGAGGAGGAUAUGGUCUGUAGUGAUCAUGAUGUCGUCUGCUGUCGUGUUUGCAUUACCACAUGUCAUAGGUCAUGUCAAAACAUUGAUUAUUUGCCCCAUUUGAUGAAGAAGUAUAAAGAUUACGAAAAGUGCGUAGAAGUAGAGAAGGAAAUGAAAGAUAGAAUCGAAGAAUUGAGUACAGCACACAAAGAAUACUCUGCUAGAGCCUUAAAGCUAAAAACAAGAAAAAUAACGUAUUUGAAACGUUUAGAAAUUCUAGGUCAAACAAUUGACAAGUGUGUUAAAAAUGCUAUCACCGAGACUGAGAAAAAUGUCGAAAAUCGAUUUGAACCUGAAAUUUGCGACUUGCAAGACCACACCCAAAACUAUAAAGAGAUGCUUGUAAAAUUCAGCUGUUUGUCAGAGGAGUUAUCAAAGGAAAAUGAUGAUCUUCUUGAAUUUAAAAAGAUAUUAGAAUGUAAACGGGCACUUAAGGAAAUUGAAGUUGAAUCUUAUGGGUUCGUUUUAAACGAAUGCUUUAUAAUUGACAACAAGUUUCAAAAGAAAAUUGUGGAGUCUGUUGUAAGCUGUCUAGAAAAUGAAUUAUUGUUUGGAACUAUAUUGAUUGGAGGUCCUGAAAACAGUUUUGGUGCCCCAAAUCUAUGUGUUAAAGAUUAUGAAAGCUCAUUUUUAGUUUUAUCAGCUGACUAUGACAACAGGAAAAUCAGACGCAUUGACAGUUAUUUAAAAGAAAGUGAAAGUUUUGAUGUAGAAGGAAACAUCUGGGGGAUUUGUGAGAUAAACAAGCAUGAAAUUGCAUUUACUUUGCCUGGAUUGAACAAAGUUCAAUUUCUAUCAAUUUAUAAGGGUCCAGUUUUAACAAUUAGCUUCAUUUCAAAUUUUCAUUGUCGUGGUAUUGCAUGUUUCGAUGAAAAGAUUUACGUGACUGGUGGAGGGAAGAAAGGAGAAGAGUACGGGCAAUUAAAUGUGUUUGAUUUGGAAGGGAAGUUACUCUGCAAAAGUUAUCAAGAUUUUGGGGAAAACUUUUUCAGCAUACCACGAAGCAUUAUAGUAAAUGCCGAAGGGGUAUUCAUCACUGAUGAACAAAACGGUGUCAUUUCUUUAGAUUUGGAAGGACAGCGGAAAUGGGUUUGUAACAACUCAAAAUGCAAAUUUCCAUGGGGAAUUUGCUUCACGCGAAAUGGGAAUCUUUUUGUUUGUGGACGUGAUUCAAACAAUAUUGUGAUUGUAAGUAAAGACGGUGAAUUUCUAGGUGAACUGUUAAACGUAAAUGACGGUCUUUCAGCACCAAAGGCUCUCAGCACUGACAAAGGGAACAAUUUCAUUAUAAUAUCUGAAUAUAAGAAGCCACAACUGAAGAUAUUUUACAUUGGUGAUUGUGAUAUAUGAUAUUAAACCAGUAGAUACCAGUAAAAAAAUAAACCAUUACAUAGAAACGAGUGGUUAACAAUUUGACAAAAAGAUUUAUGACAACAAAGCACUGGAGUUUUAUUUGUUUCGAGAGGGUAGGAAAUGUAAACGGUUUUUAAUGAUACUGCAGAUUUUGACUUACUGUGGUGACAUUUAGAUGGUAUUAUUUUCUAUUGUAGUCCAAUUGCAGAUUUUUUGUAAAUAGUAUUCUAUAUAUUUAUAAAACUAAAUAAAGAAGUAAAUAUUUAUUAAUGCACACACAUAUAUACCGGUAUUGCUCUCUGAUAACAAAACGUUUAAGUCUUUAGUAACCAUAUCCGGGUCAGAAAAAUACGUAAUAGUUAUUUUUAAAGGUAAGUGACUCUAUUUUAUCACUGAUUUGCAAAGUAUUUAUGUAAAUGAUUACUAUUGCUAUUUUGCACAGUUGAACCUAUAUUUUGCUGGCGUCUUGAAUGCCUUGGUUACCUUUGUAUACACAAUCCACUUCGAAUUUUCCCAAGGGAUUGUGGUUCUUGAGGGACAGGAGUGAAAUCAUUUAAUUCUAUUUUUAUACUGGAUAUGAAGAAAAACCGUUUAUCCUUUCUAUAAAUCAUUAUGCAUAUACAUGUAUGUAAAAAUAAAGAUUUUUUUUGUAAAUGUUAAAUUAUUUAG